AUGCAAGUUCCAAUGUGGAAUGUGAGGUUGUAUGAGAAAGCAUUCAACGCAAGGUUGGUUUAUGAUGGAUACCCUACUCUGUUUACCAUCAAGCUACAUCAUGGGGGAGAGUUCACAAAGUUUCCAGAUGUGAACUACAUUGAUGGAACUGUGACAUAUGUUGACAUGGUCGAUAUAGAAGAGUUUUCUGUUCAUGAAAUGGAUGCCAUCAUGAAAGGGUUAGGAUACUCGGUUCCCCCAGUUAUCUAUUAUCAUUUUCGGUUGCCCAAAGGAGACAUGCAUUUUGGACCACGUGCCCUAGGAAACGAUGAUGAUGUUCGUAAUCUUGCCCAAUAUGUGAAGGAGCAUAAAGUCAUAAGGGUGUACACUGAACACGGUUUUACAAAAUUGCUUACUUACUUUAUGGCUCCUAAACCUGUUAAAAAGGUCACUAUUGAGCAAUUAGAUGAAAUUGAGGAACAUGAAACCACCACAACUGAUAACCAAGCUAGUGAUAGGAAAAGGAGUUGGACCAAGGACAAAUCUUUGUCAUUAUCCCCUGUUUUACAUAAUGAAGGUGCUUUGUCAAUAUCCCCUGUUUUACAUAAUAAAGGUGCUUUCUCAUUAUCCCCUGAGUAUAAUAGGAAAAGGAGUUGGACCAAGGACAAAUCUUUGUCAUCAUGCAAUAAGAAAUUGGCCAUGGGUGAUGUUAGUGAAGCUAAUGUAGAUGGGGAUAAGGAUCAUGCACCUAAUGAUUUUGAUGAGGCAGCUAAUGAAUUUGAUCUUGGAUUGAACCAACAGAUUUUAGAAUCUAAUUCUGAAUUUGAUAAUGGAUUCAAUGAAGAGAAGGAAGGGGAUGAAGGGGAAGAGGUAGUUAAUGAAGUUAGUGCUAAUGUAGAUAUGAGGAAUUAUGAGAAGGAUGCUAGAGUUGAAGAUGAUGUAGAUAUGGGGGGUUAUCAGAUGGAUGCUGGAGUUGAAGAUGAAGUAGAUAUGGGGGGUUAUCAAAUGGAUACUGGAGUUGAAGAUGAAGUUACUCAUAAUGUAGCUGAGGAUGAAAGAAGUGAUAGGGAGGAUGAUAAUGGUGAAAGAAGUGAUGGGGAGGAUGAUAGUGAUGAAAGAAGUGAUGGGGAGGAGGAUAGUGAUGACAGUGACUUUUGGGUAGAUGAGGAUAACAUAAUUCCUGAAGUAGAGGUAGAUAUGAAGGAUUUUUACAUGAGUGUUGAUCUGGAAGCUGAAUUUAUGGAAAAGAGAGUAACAAAUCCCAUGCAUAAUGAUAGUGGUGAAGACCCUAAAGACCCUGAAGAUUUGGAUGUAAUUGAUAAUGACCGAUGGGAUUCAAUGGAUGAGGGUUCUGAUAUGGAAAGGAAAAGGAGAGUUUUAUUAAAAGAAUUAGGGAAGGAGACAAGGUGCUCUCAAGGGGAGAUACAUAAAGUUACUUUUAGGAUAGGACAAAAAUAUAAAAGUAAAAAGGAGUUAAAGGAAAAAAUACAAUUGCAUGCAUUGGAAACCAGGAGGAAUAUAUUCUUCAAGAAAAACGACAAAACAAGGUUAAGAGCUUUAUGCAAAGGGACUGUAGCCUUUAAUGAGGGUGAUGUUGGUGAACCUACCCCUUGUCCUUGGGUGAUACAAGGUUCUAGAUCAAAUAAAGAUGGUAGUUGGAUGAUUAAAACAUAUAACCACGAACACAGAUGCUUGCAUACAAGAAAAGUGAGAUCUGCAACUGCAAAGUUCAUUGGGAAGCAAAUAAUGGAUCAGAUUUUCAGGGCUAAAUCUAAUGCAAAAAAACAAGUGCAAGGGGAUUACAGAAAACAGUAUGAGGUUCUCAGAGAUUAUAUCUUAGAGCUACAGUCUACCAAUCCAGAUACAACUGUGAAGUUAGAAUUUGAGUCUGAACCCAACUCCAAUGCCACCUCAAGAAGAUUUAAAAGAAUUUAUGUGUGUAUGGGUGGAAUGAAGAAAGGGUUUAGAGCUUGCCUGAGGGAUUUUCUUGGUUUUGAUGGGGCAUUUAUGAAGGGCCCUUUCCUAGGACAGAUAUUGACUGCAGUUGGGGUAGACUCAAACAAUGGAAUAUACCCCCUGGCUUAUGCCAUUGUUGAGUCUGAGAAUACUCAAAGCUGGAAAUGGUUUCUUGAGAUUUUAGGAGAUGACCUAGACCUAUAUGCAAACUCAAACUUCACAUUUAUAAGUGAUAGACAAAAGGGUUUACAAGCAGCCAUUGCUCAGUUGUUUCCAUGUGCUGAGCACAGAUAUUGUCUCAGGCAUAUACAUGAUAAUAUGAAGAGAACAUGGAGAUCCAAUGAACACAAAGAACACUUGUGGAAUUGUGCCACAGCAACAACAGUCCAAGAGUUCAACCACUUAAUGAAUGAAUUCAACUUAUUUGACAAGGAUGCAUAUAAUUGGUUGAAGCAGAUCCCCCCACAACACUGGGCAAGAAGCCACUUCACAGGGAGAGCAAUAUCAGAUAUGCUUUUAAAUAAUCUUUGUGAAGUUUUCAACAGCAAAUUGGUUGAAGGAAGGGAUAAGCCACUAAUAACUUGCUUGGAGUACAUCAGGGAAUACAUGAUGAAAAGAAUCUGUAAUGUCAUCAAGGUGCAAAAUAAGUGUGUAGGGCCUCUAACUCCUUCUGCAACAAAGAUUAUGGACAAAAAUGUCUAUUUGGCAUCUCAGUACACAACUAGGUGGAAUGGUUCAGACAAAUACCAAGUGAAAGGGCCAUGGCAGGAUCAACAAGUUGUUGACAUGGCAGGAAGGGUAUGCAGCUGUAGGAAGUGGGAAUUAACUGGCCUCCCUUGUAAACAUGUCAUAGCUGUCCUAAAUGAUAAAGCAGAUAAUGGUGAAAAGAUUGGAGAGUUACACACUUAUGUCCACAGGGUGCAUUGGCUAGAAACUUGGAAAGCAGCUUAUGUUUAUAAGGUAGAGCCUAUUAAAGGGAGAGCAAUGUGGCCUAUAAGUGAUUGCCCAAUUAAAAUCACCCCUCCUCUGCACCAUAAUCAGCCCGGGAGACCCAAGAACAAGAGAAGGCAAUCUGCAGGGGAGAGAAGCCAGAAGAAGGGAGAGAAUGGUAAUGGUGCUAGUGGGAGUCAAACUCAUGCUGCAAGUGGGAGUGGGAAGCUAACAAGGAAGUUUAUUAGUGUGACUUGCAGCAAGUGUAAAAAUAAAGGGCACAAUACUAGAACUUGCAAGGGCCAAGUAGGAAAUUGA